AUGGAUACCUCCGGGAAAGAGAAGGAGGCGAUGCAGCUGAUGGCUGAAGCCGACAAGAAGGUCAAAUCCUCCGGCUCAUUCCUGGGGGGGAUGUUCGGGGGGAGUCACCACAAAGUAGAAGAUGCAUGUGAGAUGUACGCCAGAGCAGCCAACAUGUUCAAGAUGGCCAAGAACUGGACUGCUGCUGGUAAUGCGUUCUGCCAGGGGGCCCGGCUCCACAUGCAGCUGCAGAACAAACUGGACUCAGCCACCAGCUUCGUCGACGCAGGGAACGCUUACAAGAAGGCUGACCCUCAGGAGGCUAUCAACUGUCUAAAUGCAGCCAUCGAUAUUUACACUGACAUGGGUAGGUUUACUAUUGCAGCCAAACAUCACAUCACCAUCGCAGAGGUGUAUGAGUCUGAGCUGGUGGACAUAGAGAAGGCGAUCGCCCACUAUGAGCAGGCAGCCGAUUAUUAUAAAGGGGAGGAGUCCAACAGUUCUGCUAACAAGUGUCUGCUGAAGGUGGGCCACUACAGUGCUCAGCUGGAGCAGUAUCCGAAAGCCAUUGAGAUCUACGAGCAGGUGGCCACCAAUACCAUGGACAACCCCCUGCUGAAGUAUAAUGCCAAAGAGUACUUCUUUAAAGCCUCCCUCUGUCACUUCAUAGUGGAUGAACUCAAUGCAAAGCUGGCCAUAGAGAAGUAUGAGGAGAUGUUUCCUGCUUUCGCAGACUCCAGAGAGUGCAAGCUGCUGAAGAAGUUGCUGGAUGCCCAUGAGGAGCAGAACUGUGAGGCGUUUACUGAAGCUGUUAAAGAGUUUGACUCCAUCUCUCGUCUGGACCAAUGGCUCACCACCAUGCUGCUCCGUAUCAAGAAGACCAUCCAGGGAGAUGCUGGAGAUCUCAAAUAA